GCCAAAGAAGCAGGCAAGACUGUACCCAAAACGUCGGCAACUCAAAUUGCGUUAGAGUUAAUUAGAACAAAGGGAAUUACAGGACUAUACAAGGGCACAGGUGCCACUAUGCUACGUGAUGUUUCAUUCUCGGUUGUGUACUUCCCAUUGUUCGCAACACUUAAUGAUCUUGGUCCACGAAAGGCGGAUGGCUCCGGUGAAGCAGUUUUUUGGUGCUCGUUUUUAAGUGGAUGUGCUGCUGGAUCGUUAGCUGCACUGUCUGUUAAUCCUUUUGAUGUUGUCAAAACUAGACUUCAAGUGCUGAAGAAAGCCGAAGGUGAAAUGCAAUUCAACGGCGUGGCUGAUUGCGUCAAAAAAACGUUCGUCAACGAAGGGCCUAAAGCAUUCUUCAAAGGUGGUCUUUGCCGUAUGAUCGUCAUUGCUCCAUUGUUUGGCAUCGCUCAGAUGGUAUACUUCCUUGGUGUAGCUGAAUCAAUUCUCGGAAUCAAGCAAACAAAAGUUUAAACCGCAUAUGUAGUAGAUAACCCUUGCCACAAAAUCGCUAGUAAAAAAAAUAAUAGAAAGUAAACGCUAAAGUCAAUGAACUAGCGACAAUUACACACAUGUAGUUUGUGCUGUAGGCAUCCCGUGUUCACCAUUAGAUAGGGUAUAGAAAAGACGCAGUUUGGAAAAUGUUGCACGAUGAAAUAUGGGAAUAUUUGUAUUGUGGAAAAAAUGUUAAAUGACACGCAAGUAAAUUUUAUUUUGAGAUUUCACUUUCAAACAGUAAUGACAAAUGCAUUAGUUUUGAACAAAAAAGUCCAUCUAAAGUUUUCAAUUUCAAAUUAAUUAACUACUCAUAUCUUGCCGUGCAAAAUUAUGAAAUCUGCAUCUUAUCUCGUCACAAUUCCUCAAGAAAUAUACAAGAGUAUAUUUGGUCUAUAGCGGAUUUAUGAUUGAUUCAGGUUCGAACUAGUUCCAACCCGUGUAAACCUCAACUUGCCCAGGCUUUACAAACAUGCGAUCAAACUAAGUUUAUAAAAAAAUAAGAUGAUAACAGAUUCAAGUUGAACCUGACUUAAGUUAAGUAGGAACCGUAUUCCCAAAACAGCAUUUUAAUGAUUGUGUAGUAAAUGAUGCAUUGUUUGUCCCCUUAUGAAAUAUUAAUUGUUCAUCUAUGUCUGGAAGCAAAAUCUGAUUGCUAGGUCAUAUGAGGCUCAUAUUCAGAAAUGUUGUUUCAAAAUAAGAGCAAAGCUAUUGGCAUUGGUAUUUCAACGAAAAUGAUACUGGUAUUUCAAAGUAAUUGACUAUGACUACGAGGUAUGCUAACUGGUAAAUUCCUCGAUAAAUGUUAUAAAUUAGUUAUGUGAAUAAGCCAUAUAUAUAUGUAGAUGUGUUCUUACAGGCAUCAUAAAUGUGAUUAUGCU